AUGAUUGAUUAUAUAAAGGAAACAGGCGACAUUCUCAUCACUAAAUAAGGCUCCAUGAGUUCCUUUUAAUAGAAUAGCGAUUCAAGUCCAAAAAACUUAUUGGGUAGUCACAAACAAUUGCGUUUUCCAACAAUUUCUACUUCAUUAUUGAAAUCAGCCAUCGAGGCCAAUUACUUGGAGGCUGAUCAAAGGAACAAUAUCAUUAGAAAUCCCAAUCAAUUAACUGUGUUUAGAAUGCAUUUUGAUACAAAUUCUCCAAGAACUCAGGCUGCAAUGGAAAUUCUGAAAUUGCAUGUUGAGGAUCUUCAAGUGAAAGAUUAUGAGGAAUACUAUCAGAAUCGCAAAGAUCCACUUCAGAACCUCAUAUCAUAUUUGUAAUAUGUAACCAAUAAAUACAAAAUAUUGAACGACAUCCUAAAGAAGAGAAAUUAAAUUAAACACAUCCAAUCUUAGGUCUCCAAACAAAUGAACUCGAAGAACAUCAAGUUUAAGGAUGAAUCUAUCUCUCUCGAAUAGACUGAAUUGAAGAAGCCGUCAUGUGAAGAUGUUCAUUCAACUAUUUUAAGUGCAACUCAAAAGAAGGAACUUUUUGAUAAGAAGUUGAUCAAAGCAUCAGAAAAUUACAAUAAGUUUCUGAAUUUGGUGCAUGACCAAAUAAAUAAACAAGAUGAAUACUACAGUAAGACUGCCCCUGAGAUGUAUUAAAAAGCAGAGAGAUUGAAAUAGAAACAACUAGAAUUAGUGAAAAAGAAACUCAAGAGGAACCAUUUGAAGGUAGAUCAAAUAUGUCAGAAGGCCAAAAUGGAAGAAUAAACACAAUAUCGAGAACAUUAGAAGAUGGUGUAAGAGUUGGAGAAGGAUCACACUCUUCAUUAAGAGAGAAAAUAAAAAUAAUUGUAAUAGGCAUAGGAGGAAUUACUGGAACAAUUGAGAAAGAGGGAAGAGAAGGAAAGAGAGAGAUAGUUAAAGAGAUAGAUGUAGAUGAAUUUAGAAUAGAGUAUGAUUGAUUAGGUGAUGGAUUCAAUAAAGAAGAAGUCUGAUUACAUGAACGAAUAUUUACAUAAGAAGUAGGAGGAAGAUAAGAAGAAGCAUAAUUAGAAUGUGAAAAUAUUUGAAGAGAAGUAAAAAAAAUUACAAGAAUCCUAUGUAUAAAAGGAGAAUCAGAAUGUUUAGAAUUAUUUCAGUAAGUCAACGUAAAGACUGAUUCAAAUAAAUAAGCAUGAAAUAUCAUAAUUGAAGUAAUAGAAGAGUCUGUCUUUGAAGAAUAGUAGGAUAAUGAAGAGGGUUGAAUAAUUUCAGGAGUCUUUGGAUUAGAAGAGAUUUGAGGAAUUGAAUUCUAAAUUGUAGGAGACAGACGAGAAAUUAGAGGAGGGAAUGAAGAGACAUUAAUCUCUUUUGGAUUUGAGGAAGAUUAAAUUAACUUAGAAGAAUGAGCACAGAUUCAAAUUGGCAAAGCAGAAAUAGAUGGAGAAUAUGUUAGAAAAAAUUUAUAAGCAAAAUAAAAUAUUAUAAAAAAAUCUCGAAAUUACUUAGAAAAAUGACAAAAUAAAAUAAGAAUUAGAAUUUUUGGAGAAAUACAAAAAAGAAUAAUUAUAAGAUCAUGUUAUUUAGAGAAAUAUUUUGGCAUAAAAAUUAUCAUCUUGA